CCACCACGCCCUUGCCACGCCUUGAGUAGCAGAAGGUGGUGGGUGUAUGUAAUCUGAUUUCUUCGAAGCGACAAUAGCUGCAUGCUUUGGAGAGGGUAGCGUUACGACGACUAGCGAGCAAAUGACUGGGAUCCAGAUGAAUACUGAUCCAGGAACCUGGCUUUGAGCGUACUUACUCGCUUCGGGCAUGAGUAUUCGAGUGCGCUGAUUUUGGACUGGUUUCUUUGCUUCCGUUGGUUCAUUUGAACUGGAAUAUUCGCGACUCCUUCCAAGGGCACUCUGAUUUUCCGACGUGAGCACCUGGCUUUGACGCGUCCCUCACUUUCGUGGGAGCUCCGAGUCGUUGCAGAACGGAUCUCCAAAAUCUAUGCAGACACGAUCACGUGGUGUAUUUUACUUGGACUCAUUGAGAACCGAACAGUCGCUCUGAAGUCAAAUCGACUUCUUCCCAAGUCCGUAUGGGAGCCCCCUCGCAACACCAUGUCAUCGUUGGGGCGACAAGAAUGACGUCACCUGCGUCGUGCUCAUACUUAAGACCGGAAGGUCUCCCAGAUUGAACAACAACUUUUCACGUCUUGGAAUCAUGGGGUGCAUCAUAUCUUGCGUGUCUGGAAUUAUAUCGUGCAUCGGAGAGUGUAUCAUGGCAAUCAUUGCAGCGAUCGCCGGAUGUAUUGAAUGCAUCGUCGCUGCCAUCGCGUCUUGUCUAGCUGCCAUCGCCGACUGCCUGACUUGUGGUGCCUGCAGCAGUCGGAGAACGCGAAGGGCAGCAGUAUAGCACUGAGCCGUGUAGAUGGCAUAGACGAUACCCUCCUAAUAAUCAAGUUACCCAUGUACUUACGACUCAAUUCCACGGACCAAGGGCUCCUAAUCUUGCUUGUCAAUUGAACCACUGGCAUGAGUGACACUUGAAUCGGAUGGCACAGUUCCAUCGCAAAACCGACUUCGACUACCUAUCUCCAUUCUGAUCUCUUCCCAAGAUAAUAGUCAAUGAAGUAGUGAAUGAAGAGUCAUCGAAGGCUGACGACCCGAUGUAUCUCUUCCACUACACUAGUGUGGCUCCCCCCAAGUACUCGGCUCAACAGGUUCCACAAGAUGAGUGCAUUGCUCACGCAGCGAGCAUUCCCGCAUGGCCUCGACCGAUGUACACGAAGCGAACAGCAUGAGAACGGAACGAACAUUUGCAUUCAUGCCAACUCAACAUAUCGUCCUCUGGUUUACUAGUGAUCCGUUUUGAUAUCGCGAUAGAAAGCCGUUUGUGCAAAGUCGUGACACGGUGCUGACCGGCCAUCAUCUGGUCCCUCGUCGAUUAAGUUCCAGCCAUCAGAGCCGGCGUGAACCAUCGCCAGCGCCUUGAAUGCAGGAAGAUGAGACAGUAGUCCAAGACCUCCCCGAAGACAUUUCUGGACCUUGACUAUUGCCCGUCAGUCCAAACGAUGUAAAGGCGGGCUUCGGGAAGCGCUGAUAGCAGCGGGUGUUUCAUUCCUCCGACAUGUCCAGUACAGUCAGCGGCAUGCUCGAGGUGUCAUCAGCGAGACGGUCGAACCCGCGUAAAGCGUUGGACACUAGGGCAGUGAAUCGAAGGUUUUCUCCCAGUAGACAUCCCAACUGUUGGAGGAGGGAAGCGGUAUGUGGCAGAAGCGAGGGUCGUCAAAACAGUGAACAAAUUUUGGAGGGGACCGCUCGAAAGAGAGCCAACUUGAAUGGGUUCCUAGUGGCUUGCCGGUCGGACACAUGACAGUGCUUGGCGGAAUGAAGGGUUACUGCGUCCAGCACGCGUCUCAGCACCACCACGCGAUUUUGCAUGUUCAAGAAGUCGAAGACGUGUGGUCCGGGUCCCGAAGUGGAGUGCGGAAGCCCAUGCGGCAUUUGACACAGAACCAGGGCAGCGCCAAACGCAGUACGACUGCAGGAAGGAGAAAGGACUGGAUACUGUAACGAUACGUGACGCGCGGGUUUCACACCAGGAGAGUUGGCGCUCAUCUUUCAGAGAGCACUGAGGCAAUACCUCCAGGAUGAAUGACUACCACACACCUCUUUAACUGGAGAGCACAGCAGUUCAAGUAUCACCAGGAACUUUUAGCUCGUACCCCCUCAACGCUGCGGAGUGUUGACAUGCUGCCAUAGCGCGUGCAUGCAAAAAGCGAGGCAAGAGUAUAAAAUCGACUUUCAAAUCCGAGGCCAUGGUCUGAGUGGGAGCCGCUCGAGCGAACGUCGAUGAUGGGCGAUCGAUCACCGAACAGUGCCAUUGGGAAGAUCUUAUCUUAUCUGCCACUCGGACUGUCACCGCCGUCGAUGGAGCUGCGCCAGUUUCUCGCAGACAGGGCCCUCAGUGAGAUACUGGCACGGGCAAAGCCCAUCCUGGGCCAGGAUGACGGCCCCAACCGUCCCUGGAGUGACUGGAUGUCCAGCGUCCCAGAUUCCACGCGCAUAGUGAAUAUGAGUAUCCCGGGGACGCACGACUCUGCGACAUGGGAUUAUUCGCAGGACCGUCAGGAUGAACUCAAAAAAUACACCGGCAACAUCCCAUCGGCUGUAUUUUUUCACUGCCAAGAACGCUCUCUGGUUCAAUCUCUCAACGACGGUGUGCGCGCCUUUGAUCUACGCGUAGCAUACAAUCCCGGAAACGAUACGAUCGGAUUUUGGCACGGUACCGCGCUUCUUGGGCCUACUUCAACAUUGCAAGACAUCUUGUUUGGCCUCUACGCGUGGCUGCUGGCGCAUCCCACGGAAACAGUUCUGGUCUCAAUAAACUACGAGGAAGGUUCAAAGACAGUGUACGACAAGAAAUUUGAAGAGCUAUUGUUCGCGACGCUCAAUAACGACGCGGGAAAGAAGUUUUGGUUCAUGCCUGCAGGAAAACUGGGAACUUUGGGCCAAGCCCGCGGAAAAUUAAUCCUGCUCCAACGUUUCACAUAUAAAUUCUUGGACGCGUCUGCGAUGAAUCCUUUCGGAAUCCAUCUCGGCGCUGACCACUGGACCGCUAACGGAGGAGACAUCCACCUUGUGUACAAUGAAAAGCCCCGGCGUGUCGCUUACAUCGAGGACAAAUUCAAACCACAAGUUCCCCCCAAUUCAGGAGCGGAAACAACGAUAUCUUCAAAAUUCGACGCAGUCGUCAGCCAUCUGAACCGUGCUAUUGAUGGCGUCCCUCAUCAACCAGAUGUCGAAGAGGGACUCUACAUCACGUUUUCCAGCGCGUUUGCCGACUACGAAUCGGAAUCUCCCUUGACACCUAACAUUAUUGCGCUUGGAACAAAGUCCACGUCCGGGAUGAAUGAACGCCUGCAUUCGUGGAUCAGUGAGCGCAAAGGAGUUCGGUUCGGUGUGAUUUUGAUGGACUUUUACCACUCCGAGCCCAAUCUCGUCCGGGGAAUCAUCACCAGGAAUCCAGGUUUCUCUUGAGAUGUAGCUGGCACUUGAAUGAGACACAUACAUGACAGGAUACAAAUUACAUGUACAAUCAAUCUAUGCUUGGUUCAAAACUAUUAAUCCUCGAGCGUCAGAUUCUCAGAUCCUUCCCAGCUCGCCCAGCAUCCGAAAUCAUUCCGGAGCUGUCCAUGCUGGACCU